GGCAUUGGCUCAGAUGGCGCCGGUUGGUGGCCUAAGGGAAGACCGAAAACCCAACGGUGCGGCGGGCCGCUGUGCAGCCAGGAUUGAGGACACCGAGUGAGAACUAACGGGAGGGCAGGACCCCGGCCCAGAGCAGCGAGUGACCGCACCAGCUACAAUAAGAACAGUUUGAAGGAGGGUCUGUCCCUCCAGCGGGAAUGCAAUGUUAAUUCUGAGGCAUUGAUGUUUUACAAUGCCUGAUCAAGACAAAAAGCUGAAGACCACAGAAAAACUCACUGAUAAAAAACAGCAAGGAAUCAUCACCAGGGACUAUUCAGAUCUUAAAAGACUUCGGUGCCUUUUGAACGUUCAGUCAAGCAAACAACAGCUUCCAGCCAUUAACUUUGAGAGUGCCCAAAAUAGCAUGACGAAGUCGGAGACCGCCAUCAAGGCAGGUGGGCACAGAGCUCGAGGUCAGUGGCGCGAGUCCACAGAAGCUGUUGAACUUGAAAAUUUUAGUAUAAACUACAAGAAUGAGAGAAAUUUCAGCAAACAUCCCCAGCAUAAAUUGUUUCAGGAGAUCUUUACAGCUUUGGUGAAAAAUAGACUCAUCUGCAGGGAGUGGGUUAAUCGAGCCCCAUCUAUUCAUUUUCUGAGAGUGUUAAUUUGUCUGAGGCUACUAAUGAGGGAUCCAUGUUAUCAGGAAAUUCUCCAUAAUUUGGGUGGGAUUGAGAACCUGGCUCAGUACAUGGAGAUUGUGACCAACGAGUAUCUUGGCUAUGGAGAAGAGCAGCACAGCGUGGACAAGCUGGUCAACAUGACGUAUAUUUUUCAAAAACUUGCUGCCGUCAGAGACCAAAGAGAAUGGGUCACCACCAGUGGAGCCCACAAGACACUAGUAAAUUUACUCAGUGCACGAGACACUAACGUCCUAUUGGGCGCCCUUCUGGCCCUGGCCAGCUUAGCAGAAAGUCCAGAAUGUAGGGAGAAGAUAAGUGAACUCAACAUUGUAGAAAAUCUAUUGAUGAUUUUACAUGAAUAUGACUUGCUUUCCAAAAGACUGACCGCAGAGCUGUUGCGCCUCCUCUGUGCCGAGCCCCAGGUGAAGGAGCAGGUGAAGCUCUAUGAGGGGAUCCCCGUCCUCCUCAGCCUGCUGCACUCAGACCACCUGAAGCUGCUCUGGAGCGUCGUCUGGAUUCUGGUCCAGGUGUGCGAGGACCCGGAGACCAGCGUGGAAAUCCGCAUCUGGGGAGGCAUCAAGCAGCUGCUUCAUAUUCUGCGAGGAGAUAGAAAUUUUGUUUCUGACCGUUCCUCCAUUGGAAGCCUGUCUAGUGCGAAUGCAGCAGGCCGAAUCCAGCAGCUUCAUUUGUCAGAAGAUCUCAGUCCUCAUGAAAUACAAGAAAACACUUUCUCUCUUCAAGCAGCCUGCUGUGCAGCCCUCACCGAGCUGGUGCUCAACGACACCAACGCCCACCAGGUGGUCCAGGAAAAUGGUGUAUAUACAAUAGCAAAAUUAAUUUUACCAAAUAAACAGAAGAAUGCAGCAAAAACCCAUCUACUCCAGUGUUACGCUUUCAGAGCCCUGAGGUUUCUCUUCAGUAUGGAAAGAAACAGACCACUCUUUAAAAGACUUUUCCCCACAGACUUGUUUGAGAUCUUCAUUGACAUAGGACAUUAUGUUCGUGAUAUCAGGGCCUAUGAAGAGCUGGUAUCCAAGUUGAACUUACUGGUGGAGGAUGAACUGAAACAAAUUGCUGAAAAUAUUGAAAGCAUUAAUCAGAAUAAAGCUCCUUCGAAAUAUAUAGGCAACUAUGCAAUUUUGGACCACCUGGGGAGUGGAGCUUUUGGCUGUGUUUACAAGGUUAGAAAAUGUAGUGGUCAAAAUCUUUUAGCAAUGAAAGAAGUCAAUUUACAUAACCCGGCAUUUGGAAAGGAUAAAAAAGAUCGAGACAGCAGUGUGAAGAAUAUUGUUUCUGAAUUAACGAUAAUUAAAGAGCAGCUUUAUCAUCCCAAUAUUGUACGUUAUUAUAAAACAUUUCUGGAAAAUGAUAGGUUGUAUAUAGUUAUGGAACUUAUAGAAGGAGCACCACUCGGAGAGCAUUUCAGUUCUUUGAAGGAAAAACAGCACCAUUUUACUGAAGAAAGACUGUGGAAAAUAUUUAUACAGUUGUGCUUAGCUCUGCGGUACUUACACAAGGAAAAGAGGAUAGUCCACAGAGACCUGACACCAAACAACAUCAUGUUGGGUGACAAGGACAAGGUCACCAUUACUGACUUUGGCCUGGCAAAGCAAAAACAAGAAAACAGUAAGCUCACAUCUGUUGUUGGAACAAUCCUGUAUUCUUGCCCAGAGGUACUGAAGAGUGAGCCCUAUGGGGAGAAGGCUGAUGUCUGGGCUGCAGGCUGCAUCCUUUAUCAGAUGGCAACCCUGAGGCCUCCCUUCUACAGCACCAACAUGCUUUCCCUGGCUACAAAAAUCGUGGAAGCGGUAUAUGAACCAUUGCCAGAAGGUAUUUACUCUAAGAAAGUGACAAGCACCAUCAGCAGGUGCCUCACUCCUGAUGCAGAAGCCCGCCCAGAUAUUGUAGAAGUCAGUUCAGUGAUAUCAGAUAUCAUGAUGAAGUAUUUAGACAACUUAUCUACAUCCCAGCUGGCCUUGGAGAAGAAACUGGACCGGGAACGGAGGCGCACACAGAGAUAUUUUAUGGAAGCCAAUAGGAAUGCUGUCAUGUGUCACCAUGAGCUGGCUCUGCUGUCUCAUGAGGCAUUUGAGAAGGUGAGCUUGAGUAGCAGCAGCAGUGGAGCAGCCAGCCUGAAAAGCGAGCUUUCAGAAAGCGCAGAGCUGGCCCCGGAAAGCUUCCAGGCUCCCUGCGGGAAGGAUGAAGACAGAGCCUGCGAUGAAAUACUGUCCGAGGACAACUUCAACCUGGAGACUGUCGAGAAAGAUACAUAUUCAGAGCUAGAUGAUGAAUUGGACAUUUCGGAUAACUCCAGCAGCUUGAGCUCAAGUCCUUUGAAAGACUCUACAUUCAGCAUUUUAAAGAGAAGUUUUAGUGCUUCGGGAGGAGAAAGGCAGUCCCAAGUAAGGGAGUUCAUUGGUGGAAUAGGAUCAAGACCAAGACCAGCUUUGCUGCCUCUUGACCUGCUUCUGAAAGUGCCACCCUUCAUGGUCAGGUCCCACGUUAAGGAUCUAGAGGCCGAGUUAGUGCCAGGGCCACAGAUGAGCACAUGCUUGUGGCAAGCAUCUGCAGGGAUUGCUGUGUCCCAGAGGAAAGUGCGUCAGAUCAGUGAUCCUAUUCAGCAGAUAUUAAUUCAGCUACACAAAGUCAUCUACAUCACACAGCUUCCUCCAGCUUUGCACCACAAUUUGAAAAGAAGGGUUAUAGAGAGAUUCAAGAAAUCCCUCUUCAGCCAGCAGAGUAACCCCUGUAAUUUGAAAUCUGAAAUUAAAAAGUUAUCUCAGGGAUCUCCAGAACCAAUUGAACCGAACUUUUUUACAGCAGAUUAUCAUUUAUUACAUCAUUCAUCAGGUGAAAACAGCCUGUCCCCAAAUGACCCACCAGGUCUACCGACCAGCUUUGAUUUGGAGGAGGGAAUAACAUAUGAACAGAUGCAGACUGUGAUUGAAGAAGUCCUUGAAGAAAGUGGCUAUUACAAUUUUACAUCUACCAGAUAUCACUCCUAUCCAUGGGGGACCAAGAAUCACCCAACCAAAAGAUGAAAAUGCAUUUUGAAUGCAGUUGAUUUUCCUGAUGAAGUUCAAAUUCUGAUUUCAUCCGCUGCUGCAAGAUGUCCAAGGACUGAAUGUUGAUAGAUGGAGGUGGAAGAGAAAAGACCAAAAUGCCAUGGGGCCUGCAGGACCUUAAUUCAUGAGGUCCUGUGCAGGGGUAUAUAUGACAGCUAUAGUUCUAGGGAGUUCCUUUCUAGUAGUCUGUAAUUAUAUACAAGAUGACUGGGCUAGCAAUGUGUUCCUGGGAGAAAAUGCUGCAAAAUUCAUCUGUUCACGUGUGGAUGGGGGACCAUACACAAAGAACUUUCCUCCAAGUUAAAAAAAAAAGUCAUAUUUUUUCAAAGAAACAUUUUAUACUCAGGAUAGCUGAAACUAGGUUGAAAGACAUCUAGUCUUCCAUGUAUAUAAAAUAGUUCUUGAUAAAGAAAAGUAGAGGCCCUAGAAUGAUACAUUGGGUGAUUUACUGUGUCCCCAAUUUUUUUAUCUUAAAAGAUAUUCAAAAUGUGUUUUUUUAAAACGAAAGGAUUGGUUCUCUCUUAACCACUUGGGUGCUAGUGGUCUUGAACCAUGAUACAACGUAGACAGUAUUUAUAACCUUGCACAGAAUCUGGGAAUAAAUUACAAACUGUCAGAUUUAACUUAGAUUUAUAGCAUAUAUCGAUAUAUAGUAUGUAUAUAUGUACAUAUAUAUUGGGGAAAGGUUUUGAUUAGAUGAAUGCUUUGCUGCUAAUUAAACUUAUAGUGUUUGUAGAGCACUUUGAAGAGUUCAUAGAAUCUAUGAAAGAGACACAUUAUUCCUUAUUCUAAGUCUCUCAUUAAAAUCACCUCUGUUUUAAAUAAAUGUUUAUUGUUUGGAUAUUUGAAAUGGAAAUAAGUUAUAUAAUAAAAUGUAAAUUCUUUCUUUACUCAUUGAGAUAGCCCAAAGAAAGAAAAUGCCAGAUAGUGUCCCUGUUGCUAAGUAGAAAGCAUUUAUGAAGAUAAUUUACUAGAUUUUUGUUGGCCUAAAUUCUUCAACUGGCUUAUUAUAACUCUGGUGUAAUGUCAAGAAAUGUCCACAUUGCCAAAGGAAACCACUUGUACCUAAAGAACAGUUUAUUCCAUCUAGUUUGCAACCUGGUCGCUUAAACUAUGCUUUUUAUUUACUUCUCAGAGAGUUCUCUUAUCUUU